CCAGCAGCGUGACCUGGAAAAGGUGACCUGUGGGGUCCUGAGGACCGACUGUGAGAAACACUGAUCUCUCAGACUCCGCCUCUUGGGGACCUAAACCCCGCCCACACCAGCUGCCAAUGUACUACAAUCCGGCAAGUGCGGUUAACAGGGAGUCGGGGGAAUAUGGAGCGUAGUCUCGCGAGACCCGGGAGUGUCGCUGCACGCUGCUGUUCAUGCUGUAUCUCUCGGGCCGGUUCUCCGCCUAGAUUACCAUGAGCGAUGGCUUGCGGAAGUCGGAGUCCGGCACCCAGCUGCUUGCUAGACUGGAGGGACGUACUUCCCUGAAAGAUCUCGAGCCUUUGCUUUUUGCCAGCGAAGAUUGUCCAGUUCAUGGUGAUAUAAUUGAAUUUCAUGGUCCCGAAGGCACAGGUAAAACGGAAAUGUUUUGCCAUGUCAUCUCUCGGUGUAUAUUGCCUAAAUCAGAAGGUGGUUUGCAAGUGGAAGUUAUCUAUAUAGACACAGAUUAUCAUUUCGAUAUGCUUCGGCUGGUUACUAUCCUUGAACACAGACUGUCCCAGAGCAAUGAGGAGAUGGUGAAGCAGUGUCUAAGCAGAUUCUUCCUGGUCUACUGCAGUAGUAGUGUUCAACUGCUCCUCACACUCUACUCCCUAGAAAAUAUGUUCUGCAGUCACCCUUCCUUGUGCCUGCUAAUCAUAGAUAGCCUGUCUUCAUUCUACUGGAUUGACAGGAAUAAUGGAGGAGAAAGUAUUUCCAAACAAGAGUCCACAAUUAGAAAAUGCAUUGAACUUCUGGAUAAACUUGUCAAGGAAUACAAGCUGGUACUUUUUGCUUCAACACAAACUAUAAUGCAGAAGAGUUACAGUGGCGGGGGCGAGGCACCUUCUCAUUCAGCAAAACAGACUAGUCCCACUGUAGACUUUAAACCCUACCUUUGUAAACUGUGGCAGCACAUCACUGUCUCUAGAGUCUUUUUUUCAAAAGAAACCCUACAACUGAACGGUGUCCAGACAUUCUCUAUUACGUCCUGUCACCUGAAGAGCAACCACGUCAUCAGGCGUUCCUUCAAGAUAGCUGAAUCGGGAGUACAAUUUAUAUGACAGUAUUCUGUAUAUUGUGCAAUGACUGGAAUAUAUUUCUACGUUCCUUAAUGAUUUUGAUAUAAAUUCACAGUAUCUGCGAGUUUUAACUUUUGACAAUCUUGGCAGCGUGGCUACAUUACACAGUAGGUAGUGUUUAGAAGUGUCUUAAAAGAAGCCUUAAAUAUUGAUCACAUUCAUUUAAUCCAUUAAAAUUUCUUAUUACAA